UCUCGCUCGCGUCACCCGGCAGGCCGGCACCUGGACACCAGCGUACACUAAAGAGAAAGAUGUUAUUAAAUUUUUCUCAAGUAAACUAAAGUUUGUUGUCUUGUUGACUACUCAAGCUAACCGCUUAAUUGUAGUCAUAACCAAAACAUUGUAUAAAUAAUAAAUAAUUGUAAUUAAUGUUAUACCGGUAUAACUUUAUACAUUUAGUACGUUAAAAAAUAACACAAAAAUGGUGCGAUACACAGCAUUGAAAGGUCUUUAUGAACUUGACAAAACAAUCGGUUGCGGAGGGUUCGCGAAAGUUAAAUUAGGCACUCAUUUAGCGACCGGUGAAAAAGUAGCCAUUAAAAUAAUGGAAAAAGCAGCCCUAGGAGAAGAUCUGCCGAGAGUGAAAUUAGAAAUCGAUGCGUUAAAAACUUUAUUACACCAACAUAUAUGCAGAUUGUAUCAAACAAUUGAAACGAGUACCCACUAUUUCAUGAUUAUAGAAUAUUGUUCUGGUGGUGAAUUGUUUGAUCACAUUGUUGAAAAAAAUAGAUUGACUGAACAUGAAUCAAGGAAAUUUUUUCGGCAAAUUGUGUCAGCAGUUGCUUAUUUACACAGUUUGGGUUUUGCUCACAGAGAUUUAAAACCCGAAAAUGUAUUGCUCGACAAGGAGCAAAAUUUGAAACUAAUUGAUUUUGGGUUGUGUGCUAAACCUAAAGGCGGAAUGCAAACUCAUUUAUUAACUUCGUGUGGUUCUCCAACCUAUGCUGCACCUGAAUUAAUAUUAGGAAAAAAAUAUUUAGGGUCUGAAGUAGAUAUCUGGAGUAUGGGAGUGUUAUUGUACGCAUUAUUAUGCGGUUUUCUUCCCUUUGAUGACAAUAAUAUUGACAAUUUAUAUAAAAAAAUUUUGAGUGGAAAUUUCGACGAACCAAGCUGGCUCUCUGGUAGUAGUAAGCGUUUGAUACGUGCAAUGUUACAGACUGAUCCAAAAAAACGUAUUACUAUUGAAGAACUCUGCAAUCACUCGUGGGUUAUAAAUGGCAGUAAUUCUUCACCUUUCAUCCCUACAAAGAAAAAUAUAUUGGAAAAAGAUAACGAAAUAUUGGGGAUAUUAUCAGAAAUAUGUUAUGACUCAGUUCAGAAUAUAUGGGAGUCGUUACUAAAUAGUACCCGGAAUGAUUACAAAACAGCGACGUAUUUGUUGUUGCUAGAUCGUAAGAGCAAACGAUUACCGCUAAGGAUAUAUCCUGGUGCUUACUGUUAUCUUUUAUCUGAGAACUGUAAAAAUAUGAGAAACGAAAACGAAGUUAAAACCCUAAUAACUCAAUUGGACAAUUCACCACGAAGACCAUUGACAGUAAAAAGUACCGACAAAUCAGAAGCUACGAGAGGACUGUCGCCAAUACCGGACAUAAAGAAGCCGUCAACAGAGUCUCCAGCUUCGGGAGCUCGUAAAAGAGUUCAUGAUACUAAUGAGGAAGACGACAGUAUAUCUCCGACUGUACCAGUUAAGAGAAUUCAAAUGGAUAAGUUUAACGAUACAGUCCCCGUUACACCGAAAGAUAAAAAUAAAUUUACACAGGGUACAGGUACAAAUGCAACACCAGGUAGUGCUAGGAAGGUAAUAAUAGGUUUAGAGCGUGGACUAAAUCGUAUUAGAGAUGUCUUGACGCCAAAAAGGAAACUUAAGUGCGUUAACAAUGAUAACUCUCCGGAUCAACCUAUUGUUCUUAGUGGAAAAGGCCUUUGUAAUGUAUCAUCAACAUCAAAUAAUUGUCCAAAAGAUGUAUUAUCACAAUUACGACGUGCAUUACAACGUAAAGGAAUUUUCUGUCGACAAAAAGGCUUCAUUCUACAAGGAGAAACUGAGGUCUAUGACAAUGAGAAUAUAAAGCAAGGUCAAAGAGCAUUUGGUAAUCAAAGGAAAAUCUGCUCGUUCGAAUUAGAAGUUUGUCUGCUGGAUGGAUUUUCAACUAAUGAUAAACCGGUUGUCGGUAUACGUAGGAAAAGAUUGAAAGGCGAUGCGUGGGUUUACAAACGAGUAUGUGAGGAAAUAUUGGCACUUGCCGCUGAGGACGUUAAGACCACCGAUCAGGAUUCUGUUGAGUCAGCUAAAACACCGUCAGGACAUUGUCUCAUUUAAUGGUUCUAAAUAGGAUGUAGAAUGAUAGUGAUGGGAUCUACUUGCUCCAAUGACUCCGUACGCUUCGUUUAUUACGUUUUUAUAUUAAUUGUAAAUUAAUUUUUUAAUAACUAAUCAUAAGUGAUAUA